UGAUUCUAGUACAAGUAUAACAAAACUCAUUCACAGCCACAUUUCACAAUUCAUCUCUAUUUUUUCUUAUCUAUAUAACAAUUCAUAAACCCACUUCAUUUUCUUCAUCAAGUUUCAAACUUUCUUCAAUUUCUCAACUUGGGUAUUCACCCUGUAUUGACACGUUGUAGACAUCACGGCUUUUCUCAGAGUUUAUCGCUCCCUUUUACAUGCUUCAACUGUACGACGUAAGGCUAAUUCUUCUCUAACUCCUACCAACCCUUCGCCUCACGGUGGCCGUGGUGCUCUGCCUUCUGAAGGUGGUAGCCCCUCCGAUCUCCUCUUCCUUGCCGGUGGUGGUUUCUAGUUUUUUUACUCUCUUUUUACUUUUUUAACUUUCUUUUCUUUCUCUUGUUAGUUUCUUAAGAUCAUAACUUAAACUAUUAGACUUUGUAAGUAAGAUUUAGUUGAAACAAAACAAAACAAAAAAAAGAGGUUUUUUUUUUUUGUGUGUUUGGUGAAAAUGAUGUUGAAAAUUAAAAGGGUUCCUACGGUUGUUUCCAAUUAUCAAAAAGAGGAGGUUGGAGAGGCUCCUCGUUCUGUCGGAGGUUGUGGUCGGAAUUGCCUCAAAGCUUGUUGUAUACAAGAUGCAAAGCUCCCUUUGUAUGCUUUUAAAAAGAUUAACAAAGUUACUGGAAAGGACUUGGUUAUCAAUGAGUGCCAAGAGGAGCUUCCUGUGGCCUUUCUGGACUCGCUUGUUCUUGGGGAGUGGGAAGAUCGCAUGCAGAGAGGUCUUUUUCGCUAUGAUGUUACUGCCUGUGAAACUAAGGUGAUUCCGGGUGAGUAUGGUUUCAUUGCUCAGCUUAACGAGGGUCGUCACCUCAAGAAGAGACCAACUGAGUUCAGAGUUGAUAAGGUCCUUCAGCCAUUUGAUGAAAACAAGUUCAACUUUACUAAAGUUGGGCAAGAAGAGGUUUUGUUUCAAUUUGAAGCUAGUGAAAAUGGCGAAGUCCAGUUCUUUCCAAAUGCUCCAAUUGAUGUUGACAAUUCUCCCAGUUUUGUUGCCAUCAAUGUUAGUCCUAUUGAGUAUGGACAUGUUUUGCUGAUUCCGCGCAUUUUCGAGUGUUUGCCCCAAAGGAUUGAUCACGAGAGCUUCUUGCUUGCGCUUCACAUGGCAGCUGAAGCUGCUAAUCCGUAUUUUCGAUUGGGUUACAACAGCCUCGGUGCUUUUGCAACUAUUAACCAUCUUCACUUCCAGGCUUAUUAUUUGGCUAUGCAAUUUCCUAUUGAGAAGGCUCCUACUAAGAAAAUUGCGACUUUAAAAGGUGGAGUGAAGGUAUCUGAAUUGCUGAAGUAUCCGGUGAGAGGUCUUGUUUUUGAAGGCGGCGACACCCUCGAAGAUUUAUCAAACAUUGUUUCAGAGGCUUGCAUCUCCCUUCAAAACAACAACAUACCUUACAAUGUUCUUAUUUCUGACUGUGGAAGCCAAGUCUUUCUGUUACCUCAGUGUUAUGCAGAGAAACAAGCCCUUGGAGAAGUGGACGCGGAGCUUCUCGACACACAAGUGAAUCCUGCAGUUUGGGAGAUCAGUGGACACAUGGUAUUGAAGAGGAAAAAGGAUUUUGAUGAAGCAUCUGAAGGCAAUGCAUGGAAGCUUCUUGCAGAAGUCUCACUCUCUGAAGAAAGGUUUCAAGAAGUGAAUGCUCUUAUCUUUGAGGCCAUUGGCAUUGGCUUAAAUGAACUGGAUAACAACAAUCUUCAAUCUCUUUCUGAAGAUAAUGAUGCUGUCAACUCAACCACAUACCCUACUGCUGUGGCUGGUUCAGAACAAUGUUUUGUUCUACAGUAACAAACAAGGCUCUACUAAAUGGACAAAUUCAGUGAUUGUGUAGUGUUUAAAAUAAUUUGCUGAAUUAUGUUAAGUUGAAAUAAGUACCUUCAAUGGUAACAUUUGCUUAAGUUCUAGAAUUAUGUUGUGCCUAAUGUUUGUGUUUUUUUAAUAACUGUACUGUACUUUAUGUCAUGGCUUUCACAUCGCCUGAAAUAACAGGUUCAUGUAUCUGUUUCCUUAGCUAUAUCACACUGCCUCUUGUUUUUAAGGAUAAUGUUUUUUGUUUUAACUUUUACCUGUAAUGUUUCUGGCUACACUUGUAAUAAUAAAUAAAUGUUGUAUUUUUUAUAA